UCGAUUUGAUACUAACCUUUCUUUGAUUGGUGAAUUUUACAGAGCUUCCGCUCACUACACGUGGUUGCUGCGCAUGUGCAGUCUGGGCUGUCGGGAGGAAAACGUGAAGGAAAUAUUAGAAGGCUUCAGUGGAGUCUGUUGCAGAAAGGCCUGAAUGCGUGAAUUAUUUCUACUCGUGUCAGCGUUUUCUAUAUUCUCCUGUAGAAGUCUGUCCAAAGCUCUCUCAUCCAUCAGCUAAAGAAGGAAUAAAAAGAAAAUGUUGAAAUCAAAGACCUUUGUGAAGAAGACACGCUCGGGCGGAAUUUUAAAAAUUGUCCGAGAGCAUUACUUGAGGGAUGAUAUUACCUGUGGUUUCCAAGGCUGUAAAGAGUGCCAACAAGAGAACCCGGUCCUCCGUCAGGAUACCCACAUGCAAAGUUCUCUUUGUCAAUUUCCCCACUACAUUUUGCCUGACACCAAUGUGUUGCUUCACCAGAUUGAUGUCCUCGAAGACCCAGUUAUCCACAAUGUGAUCUUACUGCAGAUAGUACUCCAGGAAGUUAGGCGUCGCAGUGCCCCAGUUUACAAACGAAUCCGGGAUCUUACUAGUAACCCUGACAAGUACUUCUACACGUUCACCAAUGAGUACCAUCGUGAGACCUACAUAGAACAAGAACAAGGAGAGAAUGCUAACGAUCGGAACGACAGAGCAAUUAGAACUGCAGUAAAAUGGUACAAUAAGCACUUGCAGAAUUCACAAAAAAACAAAAAUCUACAAGUACUUCUAAUAACAAAUGACCGGAAAAACAAAGAGAAAGCGUUGGAAGAAGGAAUUGUAGCAUACACCUGUGAAGAAUACAUAAAAAGUUUGUUGGCUAAUCCAGAACUUGUUGAUCGUCUUUCAUAUGUUUCUGAUGACCAGAAUGAAGUGGAAAGUAGUAAAGUUAUCUUUUCGGAGCAUCUUCCUUUGUCUAAAUUACAGCAAGGGAUAAAAUCUGGCAUUUACCUUCAAGGAACAUUCAGAGCAAGUAGAGACAACUUUUUAGAAGGAACUGUUUGGGUCCAUGGAGAUGCUUUAGAGAACAAAGAGAUAAUCUUACAAGGGUUACGAAGCUUAAACCGAGCAAUGCAUGAAGACAUUGUUGCUGUACAGCUCUUGGAAAAGGAGAAUUGGGUGGCUCCAUCCGCUGUGGUCCUCCAAGAUGAUGAUGAUGAUGGUGAAAAUGAAGAUAUUGAAUCUGUAGAUGAAAAAGAAAAAAUGCUAAAAACUGUUGAAAAGAGCAAUGCAAAACCAUCUGGAAGAGUAGUCGGGAUCAUAAAAAGGAACUGGAGACCAUAUUGCGGCAUGUUGUCAAAGUCUCAAAUUAAAGAGUCCACUCGUCAUCUCUUCACACCAGCUGACCGGAGAGUACCUCGCAUUCGCAUAGAGACCAGACAAGCCUCUGUUCUGGAGGGACAGAGAAUUAUAGUGGCAAUUGAUGGAUGGCCAAGAAACUCUCGAUAUCCUAAUGGACAUUUUGUAAAGAACCUGGGUUCAGCUGGAGAUAAGGAGACCGAGACAGAGGUUUUACUUCUGGAACAUGAUGUUCCUCACCAGCCAUUCUCGCAGGCUGUUCUCAGCUUCCUUCCCAAUAUGCCUUGGUCCAUUACACCUGAGGACAUGAAGCACAGAAUUGAUUUGAGACAUUUAUAUGUGUGUAGUGUGGAUCCUCCCGGCUGUACAGACAUUGACGAUGCGCUGCAUUGCAGGGAGCUGGAAAAUGGUAACUUAGAGGUUGGAGUGCAUAUUGCAGAUGUGAGCCAUUUUAUUAGACCUGGCAACGCUUUGGAUCAGGAAUCUGCAAACCGGGGUACUACUGUAUACCUGUGCGACAAGAGAAUUGACAUGGUCCCCGAUUUGCUCAGUUCAAAUUUAUGCUCCUUAAGAUCACAAGUGGAUAGAUUGUCGUUUUCAUGCAUUUGGGAACUGAGCCAUGAUGCCAAAAUUAUUAAAACAACAUAUACAAAAAGUGUCAUCAAUUCAAAAGCUUCCCUUACCUAUGCAGAAGCACAGAUGAGAAUUGAUUCUCCAGACAUGAAUGAUGAGAUUACUAAAAGUCUCCGUCUGCUGAAUAAAUUGGCAAAGAUUUUGAAGAAGCGAAGAAUAGAUAAUGGUGCUUUAACUCUUUCUUCCCCUGAGGUUCGAUUUCACAUGGACAGUGAAACUCAUGACCCCAUAGAUCUUCAGACCAAGGAGCUCAAGGAAACAAAUUCCAUGGUGGAAGAGUUCAUGUUGCUCGCCAACAUUUCAGUGGCUGAGAAAAUCUUUGACGAAUUUUCAGAGUAUGCAUUACUGCGUAAACAUCCAGCUCCACCCCCGGGAAAUUAUGACAUUCUGGUGAAGGCUGCAAGUUCCAAGGAUUUGGAGAUAAAAACUGAUUCCGCGAAGGCUCUGGCUGACUCCCUAGACGGCGCAGAAUCAGCUGAGUUUCCCUAUUUGAAUACUCUGCUGAGGAUCCUGGCUACUCGCUGCAUGAUGCAGGCAGUCUACUUCUGCUCAGGAUUGGAUAGUGAUUUCCACCACUAUGGUUUAGCCUCUCCAAUCUACACACAUUUCACCUCUCCUAUUAGAAGGUAUGCUGAUAUCAUAGUACACAGACUUCUGGCUGUAGCAGUUGGGGCAGACUGUACGUACCCUGAUCUGACAGACAAACAAAAAAUGGCAGAAAUCUGCAAAAAUAUUAACUUCAGGCACAAGAUGGCUCAGUAUUCGCAAAGAGCUUCUGUUGCAUUUCACACUCAGCUGUUCUUUAAAAACAAAGGAAUUGUGAAUGAAGAAGGAUACAUCCUGUUUGUUCGGAAAAAUGCGAUUGUGGUAUUGAUCCCAAAGUUUGGUUUAGAAGGCACGGUCUUCUUUGAAGACAAAGACAGAGUAAAGCCUAAGCUACUUUACAAUGAUGAGAUUCCUUAUCUGACUGUGGAAAGCACCACCUUCUAUAUGUUCGACAAAGUAAAAGUAAAAAUUUCUUUGGACGCUUCAAACAUUCAGCACCAGAAAAUACGGAUGGCUCUCGUGGAGCCUGAGAUUCCUGGUGUUACCGUAAGUGAGGGGAACCAAAAAAACACCAAUGGAGAGCCAGUAACCAAGAAGAGCAAGCGGGCAAAAUAGAAUUGUUCUAAACCUCCCUGGGAGCACUACAGGUGGACAUUUAUAACAAUUAUUCCACAUUGGUCACUGGUGACAAGUUCUUAGUCCCUAUGUUGUUUCAAUUAUUUAUCUUCUGUUUUCCUUUUUUAGGAAAGGCCCUUUAAUAUAUACCAUCAGAUAUUCAGGAAUAUUGUUCACUUGAAGAAUAACAUGGUCUUGACAUGUCUCGAAUGAUUCACAUACAUUGAGUAGUGUGUUCAUUUUGCUAUAUUCCCCUGGGCCAUGACAUUGGGUAAAGAUUUGUCCCAUUAGUCCCUUGCCUUGGUGAAAUUUUCAUGAUCAUGGCCCAUCUAUUAAUGUUUUACAUAACACAAAUAUUGUAACUGGCCUUCACCAUCUGCAAGGUUUUGUACAAAAUGUUGAACAUUCUUGAAAAGAACACGUUUAUAAAAUGAGAAUAUAUACAUAUUACAUGGCAGAGAGGUUUUAUGUACUUUUACUGUGAUUGGUUUACAUACCUUUUUAGUUUUCUGUUAUUAAUUGUAUACUCACUGCAGGCUGUUUAUGGCUUUAUCUGUGAUGUUGUUUUAAACAUGAAUUUGAUAUUUUUUCUAAUUGCCCAAAAUCCAACAAGAACAUACUUUCAAGGACACACAUUUGUAAAAUGCAAACCUGUAUUUGAAAUGCAUAAAGAUUGUGUUUUACCUAGA